AAAUUAUUAAAUUGGUAAAACAAAAUGUCAGCCUCCAUAUCAUGUCUGACUUAAAUUAAAGAACAGUAAAAAAAACCAGGCGAAUUCUCCCGUUAAAACAUGGCGAAGGAAGUGAAGCAAAGUGCAGAUUUUCGUUGCAUUGAAUGUGGAUUUUACUCAAGAGAACUAUAUCAUGAUUAUGGCAAUGGAAUCAUCAAAAUAUCUCAUUGUGAGAAGUGCAAGCAAGUAGUGGACAAGUAUGUAGAGUUUGAUCCUGUCAUUGUUCUGAUAGACGCUCUACUCUUCAAACCGCAGGCAUAUCGGCACGUACUCUUCAACAAAGAUAUUACAUUCCAUUGGCGAUUGUGCAUUGUGUGCCUUCUCUGUGAUGCCUAUAUGAAAUGGGCUCACAAAUCUGAUGCCCCUUCUGAGGAGGAAAGUAAGCCAUUCCUACACUAUGCCCUCCAGUGGGACUUCUAUGCCAUGUUCACGAUUGCAGGAUUAGAAUUAUUAGCUUUCAUUGCUGGAGUAGUAGGUAUCUGCGUUUUACAUGCUGCCUUCUCCGACACCUGGGAACAUUGGAAAGGAAGAUCAUCUCUUCUUGUUAAAGCACUUCUACUUUCAUCUACGGGGAAGCUAUUAGUCAUUCCGGUGGUCAUCUGGGGAGAGACUCAUAUCUAUACAACCCUUUUACUGACCAGGCUUUUCAUGACAGUGGCCAGUACUCAAGCCAUUACAGUGAUCCUGGACUGCCCACACAUCACCAGUAUAUCUUUAGUUGGUUUUGGAUUCAUCACAGAGGCUCUGGUUAGGUUAUUAACACCUUCUAUUGAGAACAUCCUCCGUGUAAGCUGACAAUGGAUACCACAACAGCCAGAUCACCAAUGACACUCAAGUUGAUGGAGCAAGAUAGGCAUGCUUUGUAUAAAGCCAUUACAAUGUCCAUUCAUUGUAUAUGAGGAAAAGCCUUGAUGCUUUCAUAAUGGAGCUGAAUUAUAUAGCACCUUUUGCGUAGGAUGUGAAGUGCAACUAAUAUCCCAGCUUUAGCUGAAGCUGCAAGUGCAACUUCUCCAGCGGUGCUCAGUGCAUUUCAAGGAAUUAAUCCUGCCAGGUACCCAUAACCUCACCUGGGUUGAGUACAGCACAAUGUGGAUAAAUUCUUGUUGAAGGAAAACAUGCAAUGGCUGAGAUUUGAAUCAACAACCCUCUGUUUGAAAGAUGAGGGACAGAACCACUAGACCAUCUAGAUGUACUCUGAGCUGAAUUGAAGCGAGGGGUGAUUGAAUGCCAUUACUGUAGUUAGUUGAUUUCAUUUUGUAGCAAAUAGAUGCAUUAAAGUGUGCAUUCCCUAGACGAGUAAGAGUGCUGCUGGUCAGUACUCACUAAGUAUUAUAGGACUGUGAAUGUUACUAGAGGACAAUGGCUGCUCCAUCAGCAAAUUGUGAUCCACUUCUACCAGAAAACUAUGCAAGGAACUUAAUAAAUUGAUGAUAAACAGUGUGUCCAACAAAAAGGAAAACAAGGUUCGAUUUACCUUUUCUCUAAUAUCUUAUUUACAUCAUCAUUAAAUUUAGUAUAUCAUCUCUAUCUUGAUACCUUAGAUGUCACAUGAAGUCUACACAUUGAUCAUCAAGCACAGUUUGAAAUUGAAAUUCCAAUUAUCAAGUCGUGCAGGAAAAAUCUAGUCAAGACUUAUUUAGGAAACAACAAUUGUUGUUUCUGCACUUCUGGCUUCACUUAUGGGUCGUAAUCUGUCAUGUAAUGUAUCUACCUGGAAGUCGGUCACAAAUCAGUUAGAAGACUUAACUAAUUUUAAUGUCAAAUUGAACCCAAUUUGUUUGAUUGAAACUGUUUCCUCUUUUCUGGGACACACUGUUCAUAAUUUUGCUCUGAACCUUGUGAUUUCUAAACAUAGCCAGGCCAGCUUAAAUGCCAAUCAACUGCUUCGCAUGCAAGAUUUUUUAAUAUGUUAAAGUAAUAUUGAAUGAAAUCAGAAUCAGAUGUAGGAAAUAAAUCCCAAUUUGAUGCAGGAUGGAUGCUUUUUUGUCUUAAAUUUUUCUGUGUCACAUGGGUAUACUCAAACAGAAUUACUUGAUAAAACCUGUAUCAAUUAAAAAUUGAUCCAAUGUUUCUACUUCAGCUCACUCUUCAUAGUGAUCAGUCAAAAAAGAAAAACUCUUACAUUACCAAGAUAACUACAUCUUCUGACAACUUAUGUUCAAUGGGUGAAUUUAGCGACCAUGACUUCUCAUCAUCAGACACUAUUUGGGUCUUGCAUCGUUAAAAUGCAUCCAUCUCCGUAUCAUCCACGACUUUCAGAAAACAGGCUUAAAAUGGUUUAAUGCUGCAUAUAGCCUCGUGCAGGGUAAACUGCAGCUCAAAAUUAACAAAUAAAGCAGGUUUUUCAAUGAAAAUCACCAAAAAUAUGUAACUUUAAAAUGAUUAAAAAUGGCAAUUUCUUCCUUUGUUCUAAAAUCUACACAUGACUUGUGUGCUAACCAAUGUCUGAGAGAGAUAUUAAAAAUCUACUGGAAAUCUUAAAAACUAAAGGCACACACAACACUUGCUCUAAAAUCAUCCCAAGCAGCUGCUCAGCGGAUAACCGCCCGGGACAAACGGGGACCUAUACAAGGCAAGGAACAGUCACUGCCCUGGACAGAACUAACAAUAACUAUGUAAAUGAGCUAGUCAUCGAGGGUAAGAUCAAUUAAAGGGACUCUUCAUUGCUGAAUAAAUUAAAAGUUCCUGUCUCUUGGCAACCUGGCUAAAGUACAGGAUUGAGCAAAAGUUGAAUAGUUUGACCCAACAGGGAGGGGGGAUGAAUUCAAUAAAAUGCAUUUUUUGUGAGAUUUAUUUUAUUUUGUCUCUCUGUGAAACAAAGAUAGAGGAAGAAAUAUAAGCUGGAAAUUCACUAGUCUUUUUUGUUUCUCAUGUUGACAGGUGCUAAAGUCAAUGGGUGGAUUUCUCAGACAAACAUACUUUUAUGGAAUUCCAUUCCAUACUACUUACAGUUCCUACAAAAAAAUCAUUUUGGUGAAACUGACACUCGGUAAUAGUGCAGUUUAAGUAGCAGUAGGCCUAUAUCUUAACUGACAAUGUUAAUCAUAAGACCAACCAUCGAUUUUAAUUCACUGGGCCCAGUCUCUAAAAAGUGCAAUCAAUAGAACUAACUUUCAUCUCCAUUUAACUUCAAGAAGAAAUUGAUAUUCAUCAGAAGGGUUGCUGAACAUCAUUAUCACUGCCAUCAUCAUUAUUGUCAUCACUGUCAUCAUCACUAUCAUCUACCUAUUCUUCACAAAUGUUAUUCCACAAAGAAAGCAAUGGUCUAAACUUGUGUACCUUGUAAUUCAUACAGAUCUUCUUUUCUUUUUAAUCAAUAAAUCAUUGCAAUGAUUUGCAAAGCAAUUUAAGAAAUAUAUACAAACUUUUCAUCAAUUGUUUUUACUUCUACAAAUUUCAAAGACACAUGAUUCGCAUUCUAAUAUUACGCCAUCAUUGUUCAAACAAUAAUUAAAAUGCAUAAUUCAUUUAGGCUUAUUCAAUAUACAGUAAUUUAUGUACAUAUGUUGCAUC